GCUGAUUAGGUGCACUGGGGGCGGGUUCAAAUACGAGUGGAAGCCAUCUUGAACGGUUGCUUGACAAGACUCUCGUAGUCAGCUAAAAAUUGAGUAUACCUUUCAAACACCGCAUAGGACACCGGUUGUUUCAGGUAUUCAAGGAUUGUGGAAAAAAAAAAACCUGAGGAAGGACGCAGCGGCUCAGUUAUGCUACGCAAGAUGGCUAGCUAAACAGUCGGCCAGUACUUGAAAGCUAGCUAAGCCCUCCUGGUGUGUUGUUUAUGGUAGAAUACAUCUAUGCUAAGACCUAUGUUUUCUCAAAAACUGAAAGGAGGAUAUUUUCGACGUUGAUGAACCUGUUGAGACAAAAGAUUUGAACAAUUUACAUUCGGAUAAGUAUUAUUAGAUAAGUCUCAAGAGGAAAGGACAAUCUUAAGCUUUGAGUGGUCCCAGAAGAGUGGACUCACUUGAUCUAGAAACUGUUUGAUUGCUUUUGGAACACAAAAAGUAAAGCAAAGUAAAUAUGAGUACUGCCAGGACGGAGAACCCAGUGAUUUUGGGCUUGUCCAACCAGAACGGACAGCUCAGAGGCUCAGUGAAGCCUGCUGGAGCGCCAGGUGGAGGAGGGGGUGGCCCUCAACAACAUCAGCUCAAUCAGAUGAAGGGCGCAAUCAACAAUGGUAAUUCCCAGCCGACCCCAACAACUAACGCUGUCAUCAAGCCUGGAGAUGACUGGAAGAAAAAUUUGAAAUUGCCACCAAAAGACAUGAGGAUGAAAACUUCGGAUGUGACUGCAACUAAAGGCAAUGAGUUUGAAGAUUAUUGCCUAAAGAGAGAGCUGCUGAUGGGAAUCUUUGAGAUGGGCUGGGAAAAGCCAUCUCCAAUCCAGGAGGAGAGCAUUCCCAUUGCACUGUCAGGAAGGGACAUCUUAGCCAGAGCCAAGAAUGGCACGGGGAAGAGUGGAGCCUACCUCAUUCCCUUACUUGAACGCAUUGACCUGAAGAGGGACUGCAUACAAGCUUUGGUCAUAGUGCCCACCAGAGAACUGGCUCUGCAAGUAAGCCAAAUAUGUAUCCAGGUCAGCAAACACAUGGGUGGAGUGAAGGUAAUGGCAACCACAGGUGGAACCAACCUGCGUGAUGACAUCAUGAGACUCGACGAAACAGUACAUGUAGUCAUUGCUACUCCUGGGAGGAUUUUAGACCUCAUCAAGAAAGGAGUGGCCAAAGUUAACCAAGUGCAGAUGAUUGUUCUGGAUGAAGCUGACAAGCUCCUGUCUCAGGACUUUGUGGUUAUGAUGGAAGAAAUACUGGGCUUCCUGGCCAAACAGAGGCAGAUUCUGCUUUAUUCUGCAACCUUCCCUCUGAGUGUGCAGAAGUUUAUGACUGCACACUUGCAGAAACCCUAUGAGAUCAACCUGAUGGAGGAGCUUACACUGAAGGGUGUGACUCAGUAUUACGCUUAUGUAACUGAAAGGCAAAAGGUCCACUGCCUUAACACCUUGUUCUCCAGGCUCCAGAUCAACCAGUCUAUAAUCUUCUGCAACUCCUCUCAGAGAGUAGAGCUCCUUGCCAAGAAGAUCUCUCAGCUUGGUUAUUCAUGUUUCUACAUUCAUGCCAAGAUGAGACAGGAGCAUCGUAACCGUGUGUUCCACGACUUCAGAAAUGGCCUCUGCAGGAAUCUUGUCUGCACUGACCUCUUCACAAGAGGAAUUGACAUUCAAGCUGUGAAUGUUGUGAUCAAUUUUGACUUUCCCAAGCUGGGAGAAACAUACCUUCAUCGCAUUGGUAGAUCUGGCCGCUUCGGACACUUGGGUCUAGCGAUCAACCUCAUCACUUACGAUGAUCGCUUCAACCUGAAGGGGAUUGAGGAACAGCUUGGAACAGAGAUCAAGCCAAUCCCUGGUAUCAUUGACAAGAGCCUAUAUGUGGCAGAGUACCACAGUGAGAGUGGUGAAGAAGUGAAGCCAUGAGCCAAUCAGUCCAUCCUCCAUUCCCCUUUGUACCUUUUUUUCAUCCCCCCCAUCCUGGAGUUCUUUUUUUUUAUGUACAGUUUGUCUUCCUUUUUUGGAUGCCACCAUAAGGAAUGUGUAUUUUGAUGGACGCGUUUUUGGAAGAUCUCAUUUGCCCUUUUUAUAGGGCUCUGUGCUGCACCACCACACCCUGAAGACAUAAGCACUGGGAGGAAAGCAUGGGACCAAGUCAAAAAAUAUAUCAAUGCACACAGUGACGAUUCCUGUCCAACAGUGACGCAAAGCCAGCACCGACAGACCGCCGUAUGACACCCUCCAUUCGCCACUUUUUAUUUUGGAAGUUUUAACAAAUUUGUAUCAAGUGCCUUAACAAGCGGUUCAACUCAUUCUAAAGUAAUAACCCUUCAUCAUCUUGUUCAUUUCAUACCACACACACUCACGUUCACCUAAUUGAAAAUUUGUCACACUAAUUUAAUGUCUGACCACGGAGGUGAAUUCAUAACUGUUUUUGGUUGGCUCAUCCGUUUAACGAAUGGAGAUGACUGGGAGGGAGGCUGGUCUGACUUGUCUUUUUGCUGGCUUAGUUGCACUCCCAUCUGGCUGCUGAAUGAGAACAGACUUGGAUUUUCCAGGGACAGAGAUGCUGGAUAUAUUUUUCCAAGAGACAGCCAGACUGUCCAGUUGCUUGUGAAGAAGCUUGUGCUUCUAAAAGACCCAGACCCUUUCCUCAGUCUUCAGGAUCAGAACACUAAAAAUGAAUAAGCAGCUUCUCAACACCACGAGUCAUGAGGAUUCCUGUUUCGGUGGAGCUUAAUUGUAGGGAACGCUUUUUUCUUUAUGUCCUGUGUUUCACUUUCCUAUGAAUGGCCAUGCUUAAUUCUGCGAGACGUGCAGCUCACAUGCGGGUUGCACCUUACACCUUGUGUAUAUACCUUCAUUUUAAGAUUGUUUUAAACAAGUUCAAAAGGCUGGCUGACAAAAUGAAAAGCUGUUUUUUGUCCCCCACUUCUCUCUUGUUAACACUGGAGGUUGUUUUCCUUAAUUGCCAGUUUGUUUGAUCUGCAAUAUUGGCCUGUGAAUUUAUUUAUAAUUUUAGAAAUUGCAGAAUUUAUUAGAAUCUAAAAGAGUUAAAUAACCUUGUGCAUGAAAUGUUUUUGGAGGCAGACAUCAUGACUGAUAAUCUUUUAGCCCCUCCGGAUCUGGUGAGUGCAAUUCAUCAAAGCUGCACUUAAACUCAGAUUGUUUAAAUUGUUGCCCGUGUUCUCCUGCUACCAGUGUUAACAAGUGUUCAGUCUAGACAGAUGGCUUUGUUAAGCUUGUGCAUUGGAGUAAUGAAUUCUUUGUUGUCACCAGCCUUAACUUGUGAAACUGACUCUUGAAACACUCUAAGAUCUCUAGUUACAGUGAGUGUUGUGUUGGAGGAGAAAAUAAUAUUCUAUCAUGUAGUAGUACUACUUGCUGCAGUGCAGCUGAAUUGGCAGAGAAUUUGUUUUCUGGGGGAGGUAUUAACUGUUACGUUAAUCUGUGUGCUCUUUAAGCACAGCUACCUUAUUUCACAAACGUUCAGGAGGAAGCUGUGGAUUUAUGUUCUCCCUUUUUGAAGAAUGUUGGCCGAAAUGCAUCAAAAUGAACCAUCUGACCUAAAAUGUAGCAUGAAUUCAUUCUCUGUGCAUUGCUAGUUAGCUGAAGUUGCUACAACCAGCUAACAAAAGAUGCCUCAUUUAAAAAGAAAACAUAAAUAAAUAAAUGAAUAAAUAUGACAACCUGAGCAGGUUGGGCUGCACUUAAAACACAGAGAUGGGUUCAUGCAAUAACACUGACUGCACUGCUUUUGUAGAAGUGUAUGGUGGUGCAGAACAUUCAUUAUAAAAAUGGGGGGCGGGGGGGCUGGAAGGAUUACGAAAUUACUAUUGGUCACAGCUAAGAACUUGGACACGUCAGACUGCUGAGUGUUGUUUGGCUUAUUUCUCUGCCCUUAAUUACUUUGAUAUUUUUGGGUUUGAGUUUUGUUUUACCUUUUUGUACUAUGUCAUGACCCUAUUUUGCAUGAAGGUCUUCGCUUGUUUGCUCAGCUGAAACCGUUCUUGCAAAUGGGGUUCCCUUUCGUUCUGGUGAGAUGCUCUCUUGACUGUUCUAAUCAAUGAGAAUUAUUAUUGCACAUUUAAUUUAAGCUCUUUUUAGAAGAUAACUGCGGGACAACAUCGAUCAGUUUACCGUUCCAUUUCUCAUUGGUCAGAACUGCUAUCCCUGUUCUCUCACUUCUACUGCUGUGCCCUUAUUACCUGCACACCUGAUUUGGCUGUUUGGCUCGUUGUUGGGGUGGGAAGGCUGUAUUUGUUAAACAUACCCAAAUUAAAUUCAGCAUUAGUUGAGUGAACGGGGAUCUAACCAUGCAGGCAGUUGGCAGCUGUCUGUUCCUUGGCAGCCCGCUGGCAGUAAUCGCCACAGCAAAUGCGUCCAAAGCUAAAAUCAACGAUCAGUCAGGAUUUAGUGUAUUGCUACCUUUUGAUGGGAUGAUGCCUUACUGCUGCUGGCUGCCAUUUUCACAACCUUGAAGACUGAGACAAGAGCAUCUUGCCUCAGAUUGGGCGACUAAUUGGAUAUUUUUUGUGACUAAAUUGUCUCAUUCUUUAAGGUGUUUUUAAAUUUGUUUGGGGGGGUAAAUUGAUGUUCUUGCUGCCCUGAUGCACUCGUUCGUCCUCUCGAUGUUUCUGACACGUUUAUGACAACACAGCAUUUGUGUACAAUUCGGCCGCCCUGUCACUUGUGUCGAGGAGGAGUUGAGAGGAGUCCCUUUGGGGGGGUUUCUUUCAAAACUGCUGCAUCAGUAUGAUAACGUGGGAGGAGCCUGUGGCCAUUACAGAAACAGGACACGAUCUAGAGGUCCAUAGUUAUGACAAAGGGGAUAAAAAGGUUUGAAAAAGUUUCCCUUAAAUUAGGAUUUUUUUUUUCCUCAAGUGAAAUGUUCAUGUGGAGUACACCUUAUUUAAAAAAGAAAAAAAAAAAAAAGAAAAAAAAAAAAAGAAGUCUCCAAAUUUAAGUGAAGAAUUUAAAGCCUGAGUUUUUGUUUUUGUUUAUAUUUUUUUUUAUUAUUUGAUGGAAAUUUGGUCGUUAUUUAAUUGGCAGAUUUUUUUUCAGUGAUGCUAAUUUUACAAUGGACUUAAGUUUAAAGGAUUCUCAUCAAUAUUACUGGAUAAGAUUUGAAAGUUUUGUUGAAAAUAAAGCUCACUGAAAUUUA